AUGCGUCUCUCCACCCUUCUCGUGCCCGUCGCUAGCAUCCUCUCGCUGGCAUGCGCGCAGAUCGGUGCCAUCGACACCGCGAUCGCCCACAUCCGCAGGGACGUCGAGGCCUUGAAGGACGCCUUCAACACCGGCGCCGCGGCGAGCAUCACCUCUUCCUUCACGAAGCUUGACGAUUCCAUCUCGACCGCCACGACGGUCGUCCACCAAAGCCCUGACAUUGGCUUCUUACACGCCUUCAAGCUGGCCAGCUAUAUCGGCAGCCUAUACGCCUCCAUUGACCAGGCCUUCACCGUCAUCAAGACCAAGAGGUCCGCCAGCGACGCCCUGGGCCUCACCGCCGCCGUCAGGACCUCGCUGGUGAGCCAAAGGUCGGCCGUCGACACCCUCGGCACCGAGGUCGUGGCCAAGGUGCCUCGCAUCAUACAUGCCUCCGCAAAGUCCUUUAUGAAACAGGUGGACAAUUCUUACGCCUCGGCAAUUACUGCUUACUCGUAG